CCCGUUUUCUCGCCCGUCCAAUGUCGUCCGCAAUCGUCGUUCCCUUUGACCACCAGGCCUCAGCAAAGUCGGUUGCUGGCGUCGACCCAGCCAAGCUCUGGGCUCUGACCCCUUCUGGCGAAAAACCACCAAAGGCGGGCACCGCCAGGACCUUCUACAACACCCCCGAGUCAAAGACAACCUCGGUCGUCUCUUUGGGCGAAGGCUUUGCCAGCAAGCCUGCAGAGGUCAAGCGAGAGAUCGUCAGGAAGGCUGUCGGUAGCGCUGUCAAGGACCUCAAGGGCUACGACGGCGUCAAGGACGUUGCCAUUGACGCGUCUUUGGACCCCCAUGCUGCUGCUGUCGCUGCUCACUUGGCCUUGUACAAGUUCACCCUCAAGACUUCUCCCCCUUCGCCUUUCGACCCCAACCUCAAGGAGCCCAUCCCACCCAAGCUCCAGUUCUCGCCCAUCGAAGCUUCAAAAGAAUGGGACCGCGGUGUCAUCUACGCCGAGUCCCAGAACCUUGCUAGGACUUUGAUGGAAUACCCCGCCAACAUGAUGACCCCUACUCUCUUCACCGAACGUGUCAAGCAAGAGUUUGCUGGCAUCCCCAACGUCGAAAUCAUUGUGCGAGACGAGGCAUGGGCUGCUGAGAAGGGAAUGAACGUCUUCUUGUCUGUCACCCGUGGAACCUCAGAACCAGCCAACCACUACAAGGGUGCUGCUGACAAGAACGCUCAGCCUCUUGCCUUUGUUGGCAAGGGUAUCACCUUCGACACUGGAGGAAUCAGCUUGAAGCCCGGCGCUGGCAUGAAGUUGAUGAGGGGAGACAUGGGCGGUGCUGCUACCGUCGUCUCUGCUGCGCUUGCUAUCGCCAAGCUCCAACUCCCCAUCAACUUGGUUGUCACUACUCCUUUGACGGAGAACAUGCCAGGCCCCAGCGCUACCAAGCCCGGUGAUAUCAUCUAUGCCAUGAACGGCAAGUCCGUCGAGGUCGAUAACACUGAUGCUGAGGGUCGCCUCGUUCUCUCCGAUGCCAUCUACUACACCUCGACUGAGUACAAGCCUCACACUUUGAUCGACGUUGCCACCUUGACUGGUGCCAUGGUCAUCGCCCUCGGAGAGGUCUACUCCGGCGUCUUUGCUUCCUCCGAUGAAUUGUGGCAACAACUCUACGAAGCCGGCCAAAUCGAGCACGACAGGAUGUGGAGAAUGCCCCUCGACGAUGAGUUUGGACCUCAGAUCCACUCUUCGAAUGCCGACUUGCAGAACACUGGUGGACGACCUGCCGGAAGCGCUACCGCCGCCUUGUUCUUGAAGCCCUUCGUUAACGGAUUGGAGCCCAAGGAAGGAGAGCCUACCAUCAAGUGGGCUCACCUUGAUAUCGCUGGUUCCAUGGAGGCCACUCGACCUUCUCCUUACCAGGAUAAGGGCAUGACUGGGCGACCUGUCAGGGCCCUCGUCGAGUUCACUCGCCGACUCGCCAACAGCGCUUAAUUGCAAAUGUCGGCUUUGA